AUGUUCCUAACUUUAACGUGGUUAUCCAAAAGGCUCAUUUGCGCCAUCAAGUUUUAUUUUUUUUCAGGUGAGACCGGUGGUUACUGUACUUGCACUAAUUUGGCUAGUAGAGCGAGAACAAAGGAAAGUGAAAAGAAAAUAUUUGUUCCGGACGAAAAAAGAAAAAAAAGCGAAAUCACAACGAGAACAGGUCAAGAAAAAGCUGAAAAUAGCGUGACUGGAGCUCAGCUAAAUGAAGAAUCAGAUACUAGAGAAAAGAACACUUCAUCGGAGGAAAAGGAAGAUGAAAAAAAUGAAAACGCUACGGAAAAUGAAUUGUCCGGACAGGAUCUGCCGGUUGAUUUUUCAGAACCCGGAAAGGAUGUUCAGAUAUUUGAUUUAAACAAAAUUUUACAGCCCGAUAGGAUGAAAAACACCCUCACUGGUAGCAAAAAAUUUAAAGAACUUGGAAAUGAGACGAAGUUGACUAAAAUAGUUGUGAAAGACAACGAUAUCAAAAACAAAGCAUUAGAACUGAAUGCCACUGCAGCGAAGGAUAAGGAAAAGCCGAAAAAAACAAAGAAUUCGGAAAAAAUUGAAGAAAAUACAGAUUUUGAUGUGGAAAAAAUAAAAUUAAGUGAAGAAAGGAAAGCGAAUACACGGGAAGAAGAAAUCCCAGAGCGGAAGCGGAUUCCUGGUGAAGCUGAAGAAAUUACGAAACCGGAGCAGUAUCUGGAAAGUGUUUCAUUUAGACAAGAAGGAGAAUCGAAGAAUAUAAAAGAAAACAAUAAGGGCAAAACGAAGGAUGACGGUGAAGGUGCUGCAACACAAGAUAACACAGCAGAAAUUGAACAGCUCAAAAAACUGCUUGAAGCUAAGGUAGUUGAAGUGCUGAGCAAAGAAGAAAAAGCCGCAUCUAAGUCCGACGGAAAAAUGAAAUCUAAGAUUAAAAGAAAGAAGAAAAAAAGUGAGUUUGACAUAAAAUUUCCAGAAAAGUAA